CAUCAUUAUCAGCUUAGUCAGUUAAGCUUAAGCCUCGCAAGAUUAAACCAACGAAAAUGUGGCCGUCCACGCUAAUUUCUACACUUCUAAUCACCUUCGCAAGUGCGAACCCUUCCCCGAAUCGCCGAAUCAUGAACGGAAACGAAGCGACUCCCGGCCAAUUUCCAUACAUGGUUUCCCUCCAAAUGGAGUUCGAUGGAAACGUACAGCGAUGUGCAGGAUCCUUGAUAUCCCAUCGCUACGUCCUGACCGCCGCUCACUGUUUGUAUCUACUUACUUCGGGUACCGCCAUCAUUGGUGCUCUUAACCUGGCCGAAGACGAAGAUCACCGAGUCACCAUGGAUUUGACACCGGAGAACUUUAUUCUGCAUGAAGACUUCUUCCCAGUCAGCAUGCGGAACGACUUGGGCUUGGUGCGCCUUCCGCAAGAAGUGGCUUUCUCCGGAUACAUCCAACCAAUCAAGCUGCCUCGCUGGUCCGAUGGAGACUUUGCCGGAUAUAUGGGAACGUUCGCUGGAUGGGGCGUUACGCAGGAACCUGCUACGGAGUUCUCAGAUGUGCUGAUGUACAUCAACAAUCGAAUCUACACAAACGAAGAGUGUCAGGAACGGUUCUGGAUGCCGAUGCUGAUAGAGGAACAGAACGUGUGCAUGUCUGGUGAAGAAGGUAGAUCGGCUUGUAUUGGCGAUUCCGGAGGUCCGGCCACGGUUCAAGUUGGUGCGGAUGUGGUUCAGAUUGGAGUGUUCUCUUUUGGACCAGCAUCGCAUUGCUUGGAUGCAAUUCCGAUUGUUUGCGCUAGAGUGUCGCACUUCCUGGACUGGAUCCAGGCAAAUUCCGAUGUAAUCAUUGAAGCUUAGGAAGAAUAAAUUAACAUAAUAAGAAAAAAA